CACGUUCAUUUUUCCCGGCACUUUCCUCAUUUUCCGUCUGCACCUCUCCACAUGUCUCUGCAUGACUCCGCACUCGUUACUUUCCUACUGCUUCCACGAAUAGCUGAUGCUUCUACAAUACGGAGCGUGCAAACAAUUCAAAUAUUUAUAUUUAACGAAACUAUUUAACACUCAUCAACUUUGGUAGAAAGAAUUUGAAGUAAUAAAUAAGCAUUCUCGAGACUCGAAAAGUAUUACUGGGAUCACACUGGAUCACACUCGUGCACACUCAUCGUCAAGGAUCCAGUUUCAUUCAGAAUGCUAUCACGUUACAUCACAGUACCAAUAUAUUACACGUGAUUUCUUGCUUUUCACGAGUGAAAAGCCAAUUUACCUGGGUUAAAUACUAAUAGUAUUUUCAUCCUUAACCCACAUUCCAUGUUACCUGACAUUAACAGACAUAACCAAACCUCACUGGACGUAGCACCAUAUGACACGCGGAAACAAGACACGCAAAAGUAUGGCGGCAAAGGUUAAGGGUGUACCAAGAAAGCUUGACGUUAGUCGAACACCAGGACAGCCCAAGAGGCGAAAAAAGAUUACUCUCGUGUUUGACGAGGAGAAAAGACGGGAAUUCCUUGGAGGAUUUCACAAACGGAAGGUGCAGCGGCAGAAGAGAGCUCAGGAAGAACUGCAGCGACAAUUAAAAGAAGAAAAAAAGAAAAUUAAACAAGACGCCCGAGAACGAUACAAGAAAUUAUUAUCGCGACGAGAUAUACCGGAAUUAGAGGAACUGUUAUCGAAAGAGGAGUACGAGGUAGAAGGACGUACGGUCAGCAUUUUGGAAGUGAACGUCGCUGAUUUGGCGGAAAAAGCCAAUUGGAUAGGCCAAAACAAAGUUACUUAUGAGGGCGACGAAGAUACAGAAAAGCAAAAUGAGGAACAAGCAGACGAAGAUGGAGAUGAGAUGAUCGCCGGUAUGGAAUUAACUGUGGAGCCAAAACAAAAAAAUAGAGGAGUACAAGCACCAACCAGUAUGGAUUUUGGCACAAAAAAAGAAGUUAAACGUGCGGUAAAGCGUGCCGCUUUAAAGCAAGUGCAAAAAAGUAAAGCCUUUAAAUUGAAGCAAAGAUUAGAACGUCAAAAAAAUAAAAAACAGUCUAUGCAGCAGAAGAGGCGGAAUGAGAAAAUAGUGAAGAAACGUGAAGGGCAAUUAAAAAAAAGGAACUAUUGAAGAUUUAUGACUAAUAUAUCUUUUAUGGUUUACAUUAAUAAGACUUAUACUUUAAGGCAAAAAGAAAUAUAUUUGUCAUGACUA